AUGGCUCCAGGAUUGACUCUGGCAUUUAUCGGCUGCGGGAACAUGGGCUCCGCCAUCUUAGGCGGAAUCCUCGACGCAACCCGAUCCGAGUCGGAAACCCCAAGGAUAUCCUCCUUCAUUAUUAGCACCAAGAGCGCCGCAUCUGCAGAACAUCUCCGAACACAGUUCAUCCAGGAUGAAUCGCGGGUUCAAUUCCUCCACUCGCAGAACCUCAAAGCCAUGCAGGAGGCAGACAUAAUCCUUCUCGCGUGA